CCCAGCAGUUGGAGGUGUUUCUCCCUCCAGGAGGGUGUGGGGGAGGGAGAGGCGGGUCCCAGCAAUAGGGAACUGAUCAGCACAGGACGGAGAACAGAUCUGCCGGUGAACCCUGAACAGCAUGCAGAAGGGGCCCCUAAGUCCCUCAGGGGCCACAACACCUCUCCAGCCAACAAGACACCUGGGAUCUGCUGGACUGACAACUUGUCCUUAGCCUAAAAAAAAAAGAAAAGAGGGAUAAAGAUCUGAUUGGGAUUGUUUAGGACAUUGGACACCUCCAGUGGGACCCCUUGUAGCCCACCUAGUGGCCCCCUAGUGGUGGGAACUUGGAGGCACUGAAGUCAUUCCAAUCAGUGGAUACAAAGUUUUUAGUGGGAUUUUCCUGCCUGUACUCUGAUCUCCCUGGCCGGGUGACAAGGACACGGGUGUUGGGAUGUGAUCGGGAUUAACACAUCGGACGCCAAAACACUGGGGCCCCUUAUAGCCCACAUAGUGGGGCCCCCCCACAUCUCCCCUUCAUUGUCCGCUGGACUUUAUUACAUUGAAUCCUUUUAUAGACAAUUCUUUCCUACUUGGAUACAAAGUUUUCAUUGGGGUUUUCCUCGGAACCGCCAGGAAGGUGACAAUGACACGGGUGACACGGGUGACGUCCUUCGGCGUCCUUCUGGUUCACGUCUUACUGUAUGGACUCAGCACCCAGGACAGGGGGGCACUCCGCACUCUACCCCAUGAUGGGGGUGCCAUCAGCUGCAGCGGGGAUCUGGUAUGUGAACAAUCAGAAAUGUUGUGCCUUCCCGGAAACAUGGAGACGGCGAUGACCCCGGUCCUGGUGCCGAGUGACCUCAGAGCGGAAACGGUGAAGAAAUGUCACAAUGAUAACUGCUCUCUCUGUGUCCGGGUGACGGUGGAGAUUUCGGCAGCUUUCCUAACAGAACAUAAUGAAGAGCUGGGGUCCGGUGACUGUGAUGACUAUGGUCCUGAAUACGAUGAUUUCGAUGAUUACGACCGUGAACAUGAUGAAGACGAGGAAAACGCAGAAAUAACAGCUGUCAAUGUGUAUUUAAAACUCAAUAACUCCAACAACGGUUCCCUUCUCUGCGCCAACCUGAUCAUCGCUCCUCCCACUCUUAGCUGUUACGCAAUGAAGGUGUCUCUGCCCUUGUCUGCCGUGCCGCCGACCAACAGCUCCAGCAGUACGGUGGUGGGUUCUGUUGCGUAUAACUGUAUUAAAGUAUCACCAGGCGCUGAGAUGAAUAUCACAUCGUAUUCUUAUCCGAGGUACACCAAAAUCCUCAGCAUAAGUCAUGAAGUGCCAGGCUGUACUAAGCUGGACCCGCUGGACAAUAUAUGGGUGUGUGAUGCCCCAGUCCUGGACUUUGUCAAUGAAUCCAACGAGACCUCGGUGGGAAUAGUUAAUGGGUCAAACAGACGGAAAGCAUUCGUUAGGGUUUUCUACUACAAUUACAAGAAGAACAUUACCCACAGCAACAACACUUUAAUUGGAGAGAAGCGAUACUAUAUUCCACAGUCGGAUAUUGUCCCCUGCAUGUGUAUUCAGGCCUGGUACAUUGAUCUGGUGGACGCCAUGAGAUACAUGCUGUGUCCAUUUAGGAAUUACCCUAAAGAUUUAAUUCUGGAUAAAAGUAAACUGGAGGUGAAGAUCGAUAAAUUGACUUCUUACACUCAUUACACAUUAAAUGCACCUUGCGAAGUUACGGCGGAAGCUUCCUUGUGUUGGAAAUCUGGGAACCCUCCGAGAUGUAGAGAGAUCCCCAAUACGAGGAGUAAAGUGGUCAGCCAGAUACCAUAUAGGAUUAAGGAUCUGGAGGUGCCGCACCCAUCGCUCUGUGUCCAGGUGUCAGUAAAAGGGAAAGUCUUGCACACAGAAUGCUUAAAUGCCAGCGUGAGACGUGAGUUUCAGAAUGAAGCUUUACUAUGCCUCAUAGAACGUGGAAGAUGCAAAACACUAUUCAACAUGACACACCAGCCAAAAAUAGACCUCGCAUUUUUAGAAGAAAAGUUGGUGGGAGACGCGUUGUCAGAUCAUUGUAUAAAGGUCUUAUCUAGUGCAAAACAAAACAUCUCUGUCUGCUCUAUUGAUAAAUUUAUGAGGUCCAGGUGGACUUGGUCCCGGGUUUUGUGUCUGCUCGUAGUCGCCUGCGUCUUACUGAUUAUAUUACUGAAGGUAGAAGAUCUUAAAAAGUGGUUGAAGUCGGUGACGGCAGAAAAACCUCUGGAUGAGAUUUUCAAAAAUAGAAGAGUGCUGAUCCUCUACUCUCCGGAUGACCCAGCCUAUGAGGAACUAGUGAGGGUUUUUUCUUUCUCACUGAAAGUUGAACUUAAGCUUGAUGUGAUUCUGGAUCAGUGGGACCGGACGGAAAUGGCUAGAGUGGGCCCUCUGCCUUGGUACCAGAAACAAAAAUCGGAUGUUUUUGAAAAAGGAGGGCUCAUCAUCCUGCUGUUCUCAGAGGGAGCCCGGGAUAGGUAUACAGCGUGGAAAGGACAAAGAGCUGAGCAGGUUGUGGAAUCUGACCCUUAUGGAUCGUUUGGGGCCAUACUAAACUGUGUUUACCCGGACUUCCUAAAAGGGCGGGCCAAAGGGCGAUAUCUGGUCGCCAGCUUCGGCUCCAAUAAUGAUGUUGUGCCAGAUCCGUUUGGUUUACUCCCGAUCUACACGCUACCCUUGAAUUUGAUAAAAUUAUUACCGGAGCUGGCAGGAGAUAACAGAAAAAUACUGCGGAGGAAACAUGCCAAGCGCCUGUCUGUAAAAAUCAGCAACAGUCUACAAGAACCUUUGAAGGCCUGCCAGAAAACGAUGAACAGGCAAACAGUCAUUAGCCAGGAUGGCAGUGAGUUAUCCGAAUCACCAAGGUUCGAUGAAAAAGUUGCUAUGGAAUUAGAGCCGCUCGUGUAAGACUUGGACACAAUUUGGAAUGGUAGCGCACUAUGUGGAGGACACUCUGCAGGACUAUUGGCCAGACCAAAGGACCUAUUUCCAAAUGCAACAGAAGGAUUGUAGAGAUGGACAAAGCGCAUUAAUGGGCAUUUUGUAAUUUAUUUUCAAGGGUAAAGUGAAGAAUUUUUAAAGGGGUUUUCAGCAUCCCUGUGACUUUAAAAAAAAGUAAUUUCAGAAGAAAGAACUAACAUUUUUUAAUAUACUAUGUCCUCAUCUCAAUACCUUCAA